CAAAAAGAUGGCAGAGAUGUGUGGUUACGCAAAUGAUUCGAUAACUUUUUGGCAUAGGUUUGGAAGGCCUCGUAAUCGAUGGAAGUUGAUCUCUACAGAUUCUGAAGCCUACACAGUUGGCAAAAACAUCCAAAAGGAUAAUGUGCUUGAAAUAUACUUUGAACAUUUGGAUUCUUACUUUCAAAUGGAUAAAGUGGAUUCAGUAAAUCAAUCAAAUAUUGGAGAAAAUGACAAACAACAGACUUUGUGUGAAAAUUCAUCGUGUGAUGAUUUUAGUGACUCGGAAGCUGAUUUAGCUGAUGAUGUUCUAGUUGAUACACAUGGGAAGAGGAAUCAAAGCUAUCUGGAAGAGAGAGAGCUCCUUAGUGCUGAAAUAAAGAGAAAAAUGGUUGAUAUAGAGGGGGAUUCUGAUUGUGUUGAUUCACAGAGAGUUUGGAUAGUGAUUCUGAAACUGAAAGUUUCAACUUUCCUCAGUACAAUCCAAAGACCGAUGGAGAUAACCCAGUAUUAGGUCUAGAAUAUGUCUUUGAGACAAAGAAGGACUUUAAAAAUGUUGUAGAAACUCAUGAGAUUAAGAAUGGAAAGUAUAUCCGAUGGGACAGGAAUGAUAGUAUAAGAAUGGAGGCAAUUUGCAUACACCAUCCACAGUGCAAAUGGAAAAUCAAGGCUUCUAGAAUGCAAAGAGAUAAGGCUUUCCAGAUUAGAACUUACGAUCCUACACAUACUUGUAAGGAGUGGCAUCAUGAAAAUAGAACGAUCACUUCAUCUUUCAUUGCAAGAAAGUACCUCAAAUAAGUUGGAUCAAACAGGAAUUGGAGAGUGGCAGAAUUCAGGGAUAGGGUAAGUGUUGAAUUAAGAGCUCAUGUGACGUUAUCUCAAGCUAAACGAGCUAAGAUGAAAGCGAUUGCAUUAAUUGACGGUGAUAUUAAAGAUCAAUAUAAAUGAUGUGGGACUAUUGCAAUGAAAUUGAUAGAACAAAUCCAGGCAGCACGAUUUACAUGAAGCUCACUGAUAAUGAGGUCCCCAAUGAGCCACAGAGAUUUCAGAGAAUAUAUAUUUGUUUUGCUACUUGUAAGCUUGGCUUUAGAGCGGGUUGUAGAAAAAUUGUAGGUGUGGAUGGAUGUUGGUUGAAGGGUCCAAUGUAUGGGACUCAGUUGUUAUCUGCAGUUGGCAUCGAUGGUAACAACAAUAUAUUUCCUGUUGCCUACGCAAUUGUAGAAAAGGAAAGCAAAGAGACAUGGGCCUGGUUUUUUGAAUCAUUUAGCUGCUGAUUUGCAUAUACAUGAGAUUGGUUAGACCUUUAUGUCAGACAAACAAAAAGGUCUUAUUGAAGCUUUUAAUGAUGUUUUGCCUCAUGUGAGCCAUAGGUUUUGUGUGAGACACCUUCAUAACAAUUUUAAAAAGGCUGGCUUUGGCAGUUCCACAUUAAAAAAGGCACUUUGAGCUGCUGCAAAGUCUUGUACUGUGAGAAAAUUUGAUGAUUGCAUGAAAAAUAUUUCAAAGUUAGAUCUUGAUGCUGCUACUUGGUUAAAUGACAAAGAACCUAGCGAAUGGUCUAGGUCGCAUUUCUCUUCAGAUGCUAAGUGUGACAUCUUACUAAAUAAUGUGUGUGAAGUGUUUAAUAGCAUGAUACUUGAUGCUCGAGACAAGCCAAUUGUGACACUUUUGGAGAAAGUGCGCUAUCUACUCAUGGCUAGAAUGCAAACUAAUAGGGAAAAAGCAUAUAAAUGGAAAUCGGGUGAUGUUUGUCCUAGGAUCAAGGAUAUAUUACAUAACAAUCAGAUUGCAGCUGCUGAAUAUAUCCCUAGAAAAUCUAAUCACUGGAGCUAUGAAAUUUUAGGAGCUACAAUUACGGACAAUUGGGCAGUUGACUUGGAGAAUAAAUCUUGCAGUUGUCGAAAAUGGAGUCUCACUGGGAUCCCUUGCAAGCAUGCUAUUGCAGCAAUUUGGGCUAAAAAGGAUAACAUUCUUGACUAUGUUCAUGAUUGUUACAAUGUGGAAACAUAUAGAAGAAUUUAUGAAAAUUCAGUUCUUCCAAUGAAUGGACCACAAAUGUGGCCUAAGUCAAGUAAAGUUCCUCCUCUGCCUCCAAGGGUUAUAAAAGAUAAUAAGAGAGGAAGAAAACAAAAAGUGAGAAGAAAGGAACAAGAUGAAGUUGGAGCUAGUCGAACAAAGAUGAAACGAAAGCAAAAAUCUCUAGAUUGUAGUACAUGUCACAAACCUGGCCACAAUACAAGGACUUGCAAAUAUAAUGUUGUGCCACCAGAAACUACCUCUUCAUUUCGGCCGAAACUACAUCUUAGAAGAGGACAGGACGAAGUUGUACAAGGAGUAGUAGAACAGGAACAAAUGGGAUAUGUCGAAGUAGAAAUUGGACCAGAUUUUGUUUGGGAAAAUUCUCAAUGUACACAACAAAGUGGACCUACUUUUUGAAGCUAUAACAGUUUUUUGGGAAUUGCUUGCUGCUGGUGCGGGAAUUGUUUAGCUGUUGUGUUUGUUGGUUUGGCUGUUGUUUUUUUAUGAAGACGAUGACAACUUAGAUGUUGUUUUUCCCGGAGUUUGGCUGCUAUUUUUUGCUGUAAUUUACAUGUUGUUUCUGCUGAAAAUGACAACAAUUUGGAUGCUGAUUUUGGCUGCUGUUUUUGCUGGAAUUUACCUGCUGUUUUUGCUGAAAAUAACAACAAUUUGCGUGCUGUUUAAGCUGGAAUUUGACUGCUGUUUAUGACUGCAAUUAGAAUGUUGUUUUGGUGUUUUUUCACAGCUGUUUUGCUGCUGUUUUUGCUCAAAAAUGACUGAUGUUCUUUGCUGAUUUUUGUGAAUGGUGCUGAAAUUUGACAUUAGCUGUUGUUUUACUAUUUUUUGGGGGUUGUAAACUGCUUUUGAAAUGAAACAAAAUGUUGUUGAAUCCUCUUA